AGUAACUUGUUCUGCGAGUGUUCUGCAAGACGAGCAAACAUUUCCAAUAAAUUUUAACUUGAUAAACUAGCGAUGUCUUGCAAUACAAGUAGUAUGUGACACUGAAUGUCACAUGAUCACAGCUGAGCCAGUGGUUCUUCUUUCUCUACGGGCUUGUGGGUGAUGGUCUCCCAUGCCCAGAUGCUCGGUCUCAGGCCACAGCAUCUGGCAGAAAUCAGUGAUCUUUCAGAACGUUGGAAGGUGCCCACAGCUGGCACUAGUGUAUGUUUUGUCACUUCAAAGCACCUAUGGACAGUCCUUUGCUUUUCCAUACAAGAGUAAGCUUAGGAAUGCUUUGCUUCAUUCUAGGUCAGGCUGCCUGCAGAUAUAGACCCUUUCCUCUGCUGCCUUAUUGCCAAUUACAUUAAAUACGGUAACAAGAGUUUAUUAAUACUGUACUGUAGUCAACAUCCGUGCAAGCGUAUACAAUGGCCCCCAGGCGGAAAAAUGUUGAAAAGAAAGGUGGUAAGAAGAAGGAGAUGAUUACAGUGGAAGUUAAGAAGGAAAUCAUCAAGAAGUAUGAACGAGGUAUGCGAGUGGCUGAAAUUGCAAGAUUUUAUAAGAAGUCUACAUCGACCAUUUGUACAAUAUUAAAGAAGAAAGAAGAAAUAAGGGGGCUAGAUGCAGCAAAAGGAGUCACGAGAAUAUCAAAGCAACGGCCACGUGUCCUGGAAGAUGUAGAGAAGUUGCUUCUGGUUUGGAUAAACGAGAAGCAACUAGCAGGUGAUACUGUGACUGAGAAUUUUAUCUGUGAGAAGGCAAAGGCCUUGUACACUGACCUUGUAAGUAAACUGCCAGGUACGUCAACAGAAAAAGAAGAAGGCUUCAAGGCAAGCAGGGGAUGGUUUGAUAACUUUAAGAGGAGAAGUGGCAUCCGUAGUGUUGCAAAGCAUGGAGAAGCUGCAAGUUUGGACGCUAAGGCAGCUGAGGCAUUCGCUACUGAGUUCCAGAAGCUCAUGGUUUCCGAGUGUUACCUGCCAGAACAAGUUUUUAACUGCGAUGAGACGAGGCUUUUUUGGAAAAAGAUGCCAAAGAGGACCUACAUCACAGAAGAAGAGAAUGCAAUGCCUGGUCACAAGCCCAUGAAAGACCAUCUCACCCUCUUGUUUUGUGCUAAUGCAAGCGGGGAUUUUAAAGUCAAGCCCCUGCUUGUGUAUCAUUCUGAGAAUCCACGAGCCUUCAAGAAAUGCAAGGUUCAGAAGAGCCAGUUAAACGUUAUGUGGAGGUCCAACAGCAAGGCCUGGGUCACUCGUAUGUUGUUCAUUGAGUGGAUCAAUGAGGUCUUUGGUCCUGCAGUGAAGAAAUACCUUUUAGAAAAGAAUCUGCCACUCAAAGCCUUGCUGGUCAUGGAUAAUGCUCCUGCUCAUCCUCCAGGCUUUGAGGACGACUUACUGGAGGAAUUCGAGUUCAUUAAGGGCAAGUUCCUUCCUCCCAACACCACUCCAAUCCUCCAGCCCAUGGAUCAGCAGGUCAUUUCAAACUUUAAAAAGCUUUACAUCAAAGCACUAUUUCAGCAAUGCUUUGAGGUGACCGAAGGAACAAACCUUACUCUACGAGAGUUUUGGAAAAAUCAUUUCCACAUCGUGAACUGCCUUAAGAUCAUUGAUAAAGCCUGGGAUGGGGUCACCAAGAGAACCCUCUGUUCUGCUUGGAGAAAACUGUGGCCUGAUUGUGUUCUUGGACAUGACAUAGAGGGGCUUGCUCAUGAACAGGAGGCGCCAGUUGUCGAUGAAAUUGUGUCCUUGGGGAAGACCAUGGGCCUAGAGGUGAACGAGGAUGACAUCCAGGAGCUGGUGGAGGAACAUGGUCAGGAGCUGACCACCGAUGAACUGAUGGAUCUGCAUCACGAGCAACAGCAAAAGGUUAUGGAGGAGAUCUCGUCUGCAGAGGAGAAGAAGGCAGAGGAAUCCCUCACUUCAGAUGAGAUUAGGGAGAUGUGUAAAAUGUGGGAAACAGUGCAAAAUUUUGUAGAAAAGCACCACCUGAAUAAGGCUGUAGCAGUGCAAGCGAUGAAUCUGUUUAACGACAAUGCAAUGUCACAUUUCCGCGAAAUCCUCAAAAGGAGGCAAAACAUGGCGGACACCGACCUCUUUAUGGAAUGUGAGGAGGAGGAACUGGAGCCAUGGCAGAAAAUCAGCGAUGUCAUUGAGGAUUCUGUCGUUGAAGAUUAUAAUUCAGUGGAUAAAACUACUACAGUUUCUGUGAGCCAGCAGCCAGUCUCGGCUCCAGUGCCCAUCGCUGCCCAUGCUUCUGUUGCUGGGCACCUCUCUACAUCCACCACCGUUAGUAGCAGCGGGGCACAGAACAGCGACAGUACAAAGAAGACUCUUGUCACACUAAUUGCCAACAACAAUGCUGGCAAUUCUUUGGUCCAACAAGGUGGACAGCCGCUCAUCCUAACCCAGAAUCCAACCCCAGGUCUGGGCACAAUGGUUACUCAACCAGUAUUGAGGCCUGUCCAGGUCAUGCAGAAUGCCAAUCAUGUGACUAGUUCUCCUGUGGCCUCACAACCAAUAUUCAUCACUACGCAGGGAUUUCCUGUAAGAAAUGUCCGGCCUGUACAAAAUGCAAUGAAUCAGGUUGGGAUUGUGCUGAACGUACAGCAAGGCCAAACGGUUAGACCAAUAACACUAGUCCCAGCUCCAGGUACCCAGUUUGUUAAGCCGACAGUUGGAGUCCCACAAGUGUUCUCUCAGAUGACCCCAGUGAGGCCAGGCUCCACGAUGCCUGUGCGGCCCACCACCAACACCUUCACCACCGUCAUCCCGGCCACUCUGACCAUUCGGAGCACCGUCCCACAGUCGCAGUCCCAGCAAACCAAGUCCACCCCCAGCACCUCUACCACUCCCACCGCCACACAGCCAACCUCACUGGGGCAGCUGGCUUCUCAGCCUCCAGGCCAAUCCAGCCAGACACCCAAUCCCAAGCUAGCUCCCUCCUUCCCCUCUCCACCUGCAGUGAGCAUUGCCAGCUUUGUCACUGUGAAGCGACCCGGGGUUACAGGUGAAAAUAGCAAUGAAGUAGCCAAACUGGUGAAUACCCUUAACACCAUCCCUUCCCUGGGCCAGAGUCCUGGGCCAGUGGUGGUAUCCAACAACAGCUCUGCCCAUGGCUCCCAGAGAACUAGCGGACCUGAGUCUUCAAUGAAAGUGACCUCUUCCAUCCCAGUGUUCGACCUCCAGGAUGGUGGACGGAAAAUAUGUCCACGAUGUAAUGCUCAAUUCCGUGUUACCGAAGCUUUGAGAGGUCACAUGUGUUACUGUUGCCCAGAAAUGGUGGAAUACCAGAAGAAAGGAAAGUCUCUGGAUUCAGAACCCAGUGUCCCAUCAGCAGCAAAGCCCCCGUCCCCUGAGAAAACUGCUCCUGUUGCUUCCACACCCUCUUCCACACCUAUUCCUGCUCUGUCCCCACCUACCAAAGUACCAGAGCCAAAUGAGAAUGUGGGUGAUGCUGUCCAGACCAAACUCAUCAUGCUAGUAGAUGACUUCUACUAUGGACGGGAUGGUGGCAAAGUGGCCCAACUCACAAACUUCCCUAAGGUCGCCACGUCUUUCCGAUGUCCACAUUGUACCAAAAGGCUAAAAAACAACAUUCGAUUCAUGAACCAUAUGAAACACCACGUAGAACUUGAUCAGCAGAAUGGUGAGGUAGAUGGUCAUACCAUCUGCCAACACUGUUACCGCCAGUUUUCCACGCCCUUCCAGCUCCAGUGCCACUUGGAAAAUGUUCAUAGUCCUUAUGAAUCGACUACCAAGUGCAAGAUCUGUGAGUGGGCGUUUGAGAGUGAGCCACUAUUUCUCCAGCAUAUGAAGGAUACUCAUAAGCCUGGAGAGAUGCCUUAUGUCUGCCAGGUGUGUCAAUAUCGCUCCUCACUCUACUCUGAGGUAGAUGUCCAUUUUCGGAUGAUCCAUGAGGAUACUCGGCAUCUGCUCUGCCCUUAUUGCCUGAAGGUCUUCAAAAAUGGCAAUGCAUUCCAACAGCAUUACAUGAGGCACCAGAAGAGGAAUGUUUAUCACUGCAACAAAUGCCGGCUGCAGUUUCUCUUUGCAAAGGACAAAAUUGAACACAAGCUUCAGCACCAUAAAACCUUCCGUAAACCCAAGCAGCUAGAAGGUUUGAAACCAGGCACCAAGGUGACAAUCCGGGCUUCCCGAGGACAGCCACGAACUGUUCCUGUUUCCUCCAAUGAUGCACCUCCCAGCACCUUGCAGGAGGCAGCACCACUGACCUCCUCCACAGACCCUCUGCCUGUCUUCCUUUAUCCCCCUGUCCGGCGCAACAUCCAGAAGAGAGCUGUUAGGAAAAUGAGUGUCAUGGGCCGACAGACAUGUCUAGAAUGCAGCUUUGAGAUCCCAGAUUUCCCUAAUCAUUUCCCCACUUACGUUCACUGCUCUCUGUGUCGCUAUAGCACCUGCUGCUCUCGAGCUUAUGCCAACCACAUGAUCAACAAUCAUGUUCCACGCAAGAGCCCCAAGUAUUUGGCUUUGUUUAAAAAUUCUGUGAGUGGAAUCAAGCUGGCUUGCACUUCAUGUACCUUUGUUACCUCUGUGGGAGAUGCCAUGGCCAAGCAUUUGGUAUUCAACCCCUCUCACAGAUCCAGCAGCGUCCUGCCACGGGGACUCACUUGGAUAUCUCACUCAAGACAUGGCCACACUCGUGACCGAGUACAUGACCGGAGCUUGAAGAAUAUAUAUCCUCCUCCUGCCUUCCCCUCUAAUAAAACUGCCACUGUGAAAUCUGUGGGGGCCACCCCAGCUGAGCCUGAAGAGCUGCCGCCUCCUUUGGCCCAAGCACUCCCGUCCCCAGCCUCAACCGCAACCCCACCGCCAACCCCAACUCAGCCCCAGCUUUUAGCCCUCCCACCCUUGGCCACAGAGGGGGCCGAAUGUCUGAAUGUGGAUGACCAGGAUGAAGGGAGCCCGGUCAUCCAGGAGCCUGAGCAGGCCACAGGGGGUGGUAGUGGCAGUGGAGUUGGCAAGAAGGAGCAGCUGUCUGUGAAGAAGCUUCGAGUGGUCCUGUUUGCCCUGUGCUGCAAUACAGAACAGGCUGCUGAACACUUCCGAAAUCCACAGCGACGGAUCCGACGUUGGCUUCGGCGCUUCCAGGCCUCCCAGGGGGAGAAUCUGGAGGGCAAAUAUCUGAGCUUAGAAGCAGAAGAGAAGCUGGCUGAGUGGGUGCUAACCCAGCGAGAGCAGCAGCUACCUGUGAAUGAGGAGACCUUGUUCCAGAAAGCUACCAAAAUAGGACGUUCUUUGGAGGGAGGGUUUAAGAUCUCUUAUGAGUGGGCUGUGCGCUUCAUGCUCCGGCACCACCUGACCCCCCAUGCCCGGCGAGCUGUGGCCCACACCCUACCUAAGGAUGUGGCAGAGAAUGCAGGACUCUUCAUUGAAUUCGUGCAACGACAGAUUCACAACCAGGACUUACCCUUGUCCAUGAUUGUGGCUAUUGAUGAGAUCUCCUUGUUCCUAGAUACAGAGGUGCUAAGCAGUGAUGACCGAAAGGAGAAUGCCCUGCAGACAGUGGGCACGGGGGAACCUUGGUGUGACAUGGUGCUGGCCAUUCUGGCCGAUGGCACUGUCCUCCCCACCCUGGUUUUCUACCGAGGACAAAUGGAUCAGCCUGCUAACGUGCCGGACUCGAUACUGCUGGAGGUGAAGGAGAGUGGCUACAGCGAUGACGAGAUCAUGGAGCUGUGGUCAGCCCGAGUGUGGCAGAAGCACACAGCGUGCCAGCGCAGCAAAGGCAUGCUUGUGAUGGACUGUCAUCGCACUCAUUUGUCGGAAGAGGUGCUGGCUAUGCUAAGUGCCUCUAGCACCUUGCCUGCAGUGGUCCCGGCGGGCUGUAGCUCCAAAAUCCAGCCGUUAGAUGUGUGCAUCAAACGAACCAUCAAGAACUUUCUGCACAAAAAGUGGAAGGAGCAGGCUCGGGAAAUGGCAGAUACUGCAUGUGAUUCCGACGUCCUGCUUCAACUGGUGCUGGUCUGGCUGGCUGAGGUGUUGGGCGUCAUUGGGAACUGUCCAGAGCUGGUGCAGCGGUCCUUCCUCGUGGCCAGUGUCCUACCUGGCCCUGAUGGCAACAUUAACUCACCCACUAGAAACGCUGACAUGCAGGAGGAGCUCAUCGCCUCCCUAGAGGAGCAGCUGAAGCUGAGUGGGGAACAGUCUGAGGAGCCCUCCGCUUCCACUCCCCGACCCAGAUCAUCUCCUGAAGAGACAGUUGAGCCUGAGAGCCUUCACCAGCUCUUUGAGGGUGAAAGCGAGACCGAGUCCUUUUAUGGAUUUGAAGAAGCUGACCUAGAUCUGAUGGAGAUUUGAGUGCUGGGGUAACCCUAUUGUAGUAGGCUUUCACAGACUGGGACAUGCUCAAGAUGUGAUGGGCCUGGUGGUACAGGUGUGACAUUUGUUACCACCUCUUUCUCCUCACCUCCAUUUUUUGGUUUUUUAACCCCAGCACACUAUAAUAUAGUGAACUGGAGUGAUCCCACCCAUGAACAGCUUGGCCAGCUUCAUGAACCCAUGGCAUCUGGAAAGUGAACUGAAGAUCCGUCUGCUCUUGGCCUGCUCUUCCCCAGCUUUCUGCCUGAUGCCAUUUUGACAGAACAUGGACCUUGAAGUCAUCCUUUUGCCUUUGAGAAAGUUCAAGAACUAUGGUCAACUCUAUCUACAGUGACCGAAUCCUCUUUGGUAGUCUCCGCAGCAGCCCCAGCCUCAGCAGAGCUGGGUCCCUGGCCUCUGCAUUAUUUGACUUUCCUGAUGGGUAAUUUUUUUAAGACCAUAAGACCAACAGUGGAUCAGCUGGGUUUUGGCCAGGAAGUUAUCGUUGUGGAUUCCGCCCGCAUGGCUUAGUAGUAGAAGGAAGUUUUUUUUUUGUUUUGUUUUGUUUUUUUUUAUAAUUCAGUUUAAUCAAUAAACAAGUAUUUAUUGACUA